AUGCCAGGUCUCAGGGCGGCCUUUCGCGGACUGCUGAAGCGGUCGCACAGCACGGGCAGCUCCUCGGCAGAAGCCCAGCCUCUCCAGCAAGACGCGGACGGCCAAGGUCGCUCGUCGGCGGUGGGCAGCGCAAGCAGAAGCAACUCCCGCCAAUCCAACCCGCUGAAGCUCAAGAGCCCGUCCAAGUUCAGUGUGCAGGACAGCAUCCGAGAAGAAGAGAGCGACGACAAGUUCCACGACGCCGCCGAAACGAGUCCGCGUCCGCCGACUCUACGACCCGCCAGCAACUCCAAUAGCACCAGCACCGCUGCCCCGUCCCCCGGCGCCCGUGCAGAUCCCAAAGGUCAGCAUACCGCCGACCUCGACUUCGACGACGACGAAGCCAAGGAGAGACAUGGGACUUCGAGUCACUCGGACAAGCCAAGUCUGAUCGUGCAGUGUGCCACUCCCGAAGCCAGCCAGCCCAUCGAAGCAGAGUAUGUCGCCGACCCCUCCAUGCCGCCAGCUACUCGACCAGACACUGACCAGGACGACCUAUACAGAUUGCAAAGCACCCGCCCUCAAUCCACCCACUCACGGCCUCGCUCUCCAAUAUCCUUGCGCGCUCAGCCUUCGCCCUCUCUUCCUUUGCUCCCGCCGCUGACGCCUAAACGUCCUUCUGAAAACACCAUCCACCGUCAAUCUCUCUUGACCGGUGCCAACGCUCAAAUCUACCACGCUCUCCUCAGUCCUACCACCGUCGCCCAAUUCCCACUACCACCUUCGACUCCUCCUGCUACCACCGAAGGCUCAGACUACUUUGUCGACGCUCCCAUUGCAAAACUCCCAAACAUAGCCACCAUGUUGACUCGAAAAGUAUGGGUCAAGAGGCCCAACGCCUCGCCGACCAUGGUCACGGUGCGUGAGGACGACCUUGUAGAUGAUGUACGAGAUCUUGUCAUGAGGAAAUACGGCAACUCGCUAGGCAGGAGUUAUGACUCGCCCGACCUCGUCCUGCGUAUUGUUAGCAGGGCUGAUGAGGCCGGCAAGCGUGCCUCGGAGCGUAUGCUCGGUCCAGACGAGGACAUUUGUCGAACCCUCGACUCUUAUUACACAGGCGGCCAGACUGCUGAAGAAGCUUUGCUCAUCGACACUCCUCCACGCCGAACACCUCGCCCAUCUCCCCGCAUAUACCACGGUGCCUCAUACGCUGCCCUGGACGACUACCGACCUGCCGAGACGGGGAGCGAUUACUUCCCUCCCAUGCCUGCCGUCCAGCUUCCUCCGAACGUGCCCGGUCAAGCGCCGGUGCAGCAAACAUUGCAUCCUGAACCGCCGCGCUCGAUAGCCGUGCUGAACACUGGUCAGAUCCCCGUCUUGCCGUCGCCGGGUAGUGUCCGUCGUCAUCGCGACCCGAGGGAUCCUCGACCAAAGUUCAAUCGCCAACAUACAUCCUCUCCUACAAUCAUGACGCACAAUCCUCCACCUACAUCCAUGCCUCUCAACGCAUCGAACCUCGCCGUAUCUCAACAUGUGCCCUCCAUCCGACAGGGUCGUCCAAGAGUCGGAUCUACUGCCUCCGAACAACAAGGUCAUGCCAUUCCUCCUGUCCCAGCUCUUCCGACACCUCCUGCCGCCGACGCCGUACCCACAGCCGGCAGUACCCCGCCUACACCAGCCGCUCAAGGUCAAAGCACGCUGAAGCCCGCCCGACCUCGUCGCCAAAGGAAGCUGACGCCCACCGACGGCACGCCGACCGUCAAGUCCCCUAACAAUGGCGCCAAAACGACCCUCCCCCCAUCUCUCCUCGACGGCGCAGUACCUCCCAUCAACGUAUUGAUUGUUGAGGACAAUAUAAUCAACCUGAGACUCUUGGAAGCUUUUAUGAAGCGCUUAAAAGUAAGAUGGAGCACUGCUCUCAACGGUCAGAUUGCUGUCAAUAAAUGGCGAACAGGCGGCUACCAUCUAGUCCUCAUGGAUAUUCAAAUGCCCAUCAUGAACGGUCUAGAGGCCACAAAAGAGAUUCGUCGUCUUGAACGAGCAAAUGGUAUUGGUGUGUUUAGCACCACUGCACCUCCUAGCCCAUAUGCCUCCAAGGGCGAAAAUGGAGAAGAGCUAGAUGAGAGUAAGAAAGAAAAGGACGAUGAUAGAUUAGUGUCUGAUGGCGGACUCUUCAAAAGUCCCGUCAUCAUCGUCGCGCUCACUGCAAGUAGUUUGCAAAGCGACAGACAUGAAGCCCUAGCAGCCGGCUGCAACGAUUUCCUCACAAAGCCCGUUAACUUCGUAUGGCUCGAACGCAAAGUCAAAGAAUGGGGCUGCAUGCAAGCCCUCAUCGAUUUCGACGGCUGGCGCAAAUGGAAAGAUUUCGAUGCCGAUAAAGUCGCCAAAGAGAAAAAGGCCAAGAGACUUAGUAGAGCUAGUGCUGAUGGUCCUCCUCCGAAAUCUCCCAGACCGGGUGUUAGUACUACUGCUGCUGCUUCUGCUGUUGCUGCUGUGACGGGAAAUGGACAGCAGGGUAAUGGUGAGGGUGCGGAUGCGGGUGUGGCUGUGUGA